AUGGACAGCCAUGCCGGCCCCUGGUCGGACUUGCCGGCGGACGUCCUGAUCACAAUUCUCGAGACGCUAGACAUCGGCGACCUCGUCCACGCCGGCGCCGUGUGCCAGUGGUGGAACGCCUCGUCGUCGUACGUCCGCGGCCAGCACCACCUCCUCUCCCGCCCUCGGACUCCCUGCCUGCUCUACACCACCGCGGAUACCGGCGACGACCCCAACGUCGCCAGGCUCUACAGCCUCACCGAUCACCGGUACUACACCGUGCCGCUCCCGGGGCCCCAUGUCCACCGCCGGUGGCUCGGCGCCUCCCACGGCUGGCUCGCCACCACCGACGACGACGCGGCGCUCCACCUCGUUAACCCUGUCACCGGUCAGCAGAUCAACAACCUUCCCCCGGUCACCACCAUCGAGACGGUGAGGCGACUCUUCGACGACGAUGGCGCCGUCGUCUCGGGCUGGUACGUGGUUUACCCAUCCAACUGGACGCUGCGGGUGGACCCGCUGGUCAACCCACCCAUGACAAUGACCGCGCGUGAGCUAUCGGAGUACCUCUACCUCCGUGUCUUCCUCUCCUCCAACCCGUCCGAUGGCGGCGACUGCAUUGUCGUGCUCCUCCACCGUCCCCAGGGCCAGAUCUCGUUCGCGAGGCUAGGCGACCCGCACUGGACGUGGAUACGUACGCCAACCGGAAACCUGCUAUAUGUUGAUGUCGCCUUCAGAGCCGACGGCCGGAAGCUCUACGGGAUGCGUCGUGACGGCACCAUUCACGAGUUUGACCUCAACGGCGAGCCGGCCCUGGAGAGAGCAACCAUACUCCCCGCCCAAGAGUGCGCGAUGUGGCACACCAACUACCUCGUUGACGCGCCAUGGCUAGGCGGCGACGGAUGGCUCCUGGUGUGCAGGUACAUGAGGGCUGCAAACCUCCAAGUCUACAUGGCAUGGCGGGCGGACCGGAGCGUGCCCUACGAUGGUGUGUGGAACACGCACUUGAUCAAGGUGUACCGGGUGGAUUCCGCGAUGGGGACGGUGGCGGAGAUCAAGGACCUUGGCGGCCAUCACGCCCUCUUCUUGGGAUGCAACAACUCGAUCGGCCUCACCGUGGUGGACUGUCCGGGUAUCCUGCCCAACCACAUCUACUACACUGACAAUGAGGAGGAUUACGCGCUCAACAAGCCAGAGUGCGCGAGGGAUAUUGGCGUUUACAACAUGGAAGAUGGGAGCUUUCAUCAGGUCCAGCCUCCUUCCAGUUGGUUGGACUGGCCACUGCCCGUUUGGAUUAUACCAAGCUUUAAUUUGGCAGUACAACACACUAGAACAGGGCAGCUAGCUAUAGUUGCAUAA